UUCCACUCUGAGCUGCGAAAAGGAAAAGGUGUCUGCUGUGGGCUGUCAGAUUGGCUGCUGGGCUAUCACAUGCUAUAUUGCGGUUCCGGUUUGGACCCCCCCACCCCCGGGAUAGCAGCUAACCAGCCAUUGAAAUCAAAACACUGCCGCCCUGCUGCGAGCUGCUCGCUGAGAAAAAAAAAAUCUUCACCAUGGUGCAAUGCAUGGUUCAGGGCUGCCCCAACAAAUCUUACCCGAAAGCGGGCUUCGCAAACCGUGCUCACAAGCGCUUUUUCAGCUUCCCCAAAGACGCCAGCCGAGUCAAAGUGUGGCUGGCAGCGUUAAGGGAGACGGAGCGUAUUUCUACUCUUAGUGAUCACCAUCGGAUUUGCGAGGACCACUUUCUGAAGCACCACAUAACGCGGUUUGGUGUCAGUAAAGAUGCCAUCCCCAUCAUGCCGCCCUACUUAGACGGACCGCUGACUGCCGACGAGGGCAUAGAUGCAGAGCUCGACGCGGAAGAGCGUGUAAUAUCACCGGUCGAGGAGGCGGGAGAAGAGGAUAGAAUGAUGACUAAAGUAUCCAGUGGAAGCAGCACUGAGAAAGACACUGUGCCAUUGACAUUCAGCUGGGAGACUGAUGCUGAGCUUCCAGGGACCUCUAACCAGGAGUUCACAGACAUUGUUUCAGUCAUGGAUGAUGACCCCAUGGAUGGCACAUAUCUGGAUCAUAGUAUGGACAAACACCCAAAGGCACGAUUUGAUGCAUCUCUUGUCCAUCUAACCAAGAGGUUUAUGGAUAUGGUGCGGGUUGCUCCAGAAGGCAUUUUGGAUUUAAAUAAUGUAGCACGGACUUUGGGAGUACGGAAGAGAAGAGUCUAUGAUAUCACCAAUGUAUUGGAUGGAAUUCAGCUCGUUCAGAAACGAACAAAAAAUCAAAUACAAUGGGUUGGUUCAAGUCUCAGCAGUGGUCUAAAAUGUGAAAUGAAGCAGCAUGAGCUGAAAAAUGAGCUGAUGGACUUAACCGCAAUGGAAGAAGCUCUAGAUGAACUCAUCAAAGACUGCGCUCAUCAGUUAUUUCAAUUAACAGAUCAAAAUGAAAAUGCUAAAGCUGCUUAUGUAACAUAUCAGGAUAUCCACAGAGUUCAGGCGUUCGAAGAACAGGUUGUAAUUGCAAUCAGGUCUCCAGAGGAAACAAAAUUGGAGGUUCCCCAUCCUAAAGAGGACAACAUUCAGAUUCACAUAAAGAGUUCAAAGGGUCCCAUUGAUGUGUUCCUGUGUGAGGUAGACCAGAGAGAUGAGUCCCAGCAGUAUAACUCUGAUGCCAAGGCCUCAGGGACCUUUUUAACACUAGAGAGCAGCAUACACACACUGCCCGCUGACAAAGAUCUGCCAAUAAAAUCAUUAACUAUAAAACGAGUGUGCUUGGAAAAUUCAGAGUAAAUUGUUUUCACCUUGCAAAUGUUUACACAUGGAUCUAAGAAGAACCACAAGAAGACUAUCGAAAGACCCCUGGACCCUGCGAAGGUUGGCACUAAAAUGAACAUUUAAUCAUUUGAGAUGACCGGAAAUCAAUGACAUUUUUUUUUUUUUUUUUUUUCUUCAUGAUGGGACGAUCCUAUCUCAAAAUAUAAAACCACAAGGACCUUGCCACAAGGCUGUUUUAUUUGUAAUAUUGCUGUAGUAUCAAAAUAAGUAUCCCAACACUUGUGAACCUAAAUGUAUGAAUACGAUUUAUAUAUUAUAUUAGGAAGGAUUAUUAUUAUUGAUAAUAAUAAUAAUUAUUAUUAUUAAUAAAGAGGUUUCCUGAAAGCAAUACAUCCCAUUCUAUCAUUCUGCAUCUUGGGCGUCGGGCAGACAUGGCAAGUUAACCGAUGAGGUCUCCACUAACCUUUUGACCUCAAUACUGACGAUCUGCUAUUAGUUUACAAUUAAAAAAAUGUUGCAGCCCUCUGUUUGUUUCUGUCUUGUCGAGUACCUUGGUUCAGAUUAAAACUGAUUUCAGAUUUCAUUUUAA